AUGGUCGGCGGAGGCAAUGGCUCGGACAAUCUGCUCCAUCGCAUGGCGAUGGAGGACCCCUUGCCCUGGUACAAGAAGCGGAAUCUCAGAACUUUGUAUUUUCUGCUCUUUCCCUGUGUCAUUGGUAUAGAGAUGACCUCGGGCUUCGAUUCACAGAUCAUCAAUGCUGUGCAGAUCGUUCCGGCAUGGAAGGAUUAUUUUGGUCAUCCCAGUGGUGGCUAUCAAGGUAUCCUAGCCUCGUCGCUCCCUCUUGGUUCCGUCAUCGGCCUGCCCUUCAUUCCCUACGUCAACGACGGUUACGGAAGAAGAUGGUGUAUCAUGUUUGGCUCGGUCCUCAUGGUCAUUGGUUCCCUGAUUCAAGGCUUGUCCAUCAACGGGCCAAUGUACAUUAUUGCCCGUGGUAUCAUCGGGUUUGGACUCCCCUACGCCGUCGUUGCAGGCUCUUGUCUCAUCGGAGAACUUGGUUACCCCAAAGAACGGCCCAUUUUAACGUCGCUGUUCAAUGCGUGCUACUUCAUCGGCGCGAUUGUGGCGGCCGGUAUUACCUUUGGCACUCAGCGACUCCAUGACAAUUGGUCUUGGAGGAUUCCAUCCCUCCUACAGAUGGCACCUUCCCUCCUUCAGAUCUCUUUUGUCUUCUUCCUGCCUGAGAGCCCUCGGUUCCUGGUCAGCAUGGAUAAGCAUGCCGAGGCGCUCAAGGUUCUUGUCCAGUAUCACGCUGAGGGCGACGAGCACUCCGAGUUCGUUGCCGCCGAGAUGAGCGAGAUCAAAACGACCAUUGCAACCGAGCUCGAGCAUUCGAAGCAGUCCUGGAUGGACAUGGUACGCUCGGCGGGCAUGCGUCGCCGUGUGUUGAUUGGCGGCCUGCUCGGGUUGUUCACGCAGCUUUCCGGCAACGUAGUUCUCUCAUACUAUCUCGGCGCUUCUCUUGAUCUCAUCGGCUUCAAGGACCCUGAUUUCCAGGCCAAGUACAACCUGGGUAACCAGUGCUGGAGUCUUGUGUGUGGUGUCGGAGCCUCGCUCGUGGUCAUGAGGUUCAAGCGUCGUAACAUGUACCUCACCGGCAUUCUGUCCAUUCUCGCCGUAUACGUCGCGUGGACCAUCUGCUCCGAGCGGUUUGUGUCGACCCAUUCCGAAGCCGCUGCCAAGUUGUCGCUCUUCUGGAUCUAUGCCUACAGCCCGGCUUACAACAUGUGCUUCAACGCUUUGACUUACACGUACCUUGUCGAGAUCUUUCCGUAUGCGCAGCGGGCUCGCGGUAUCGCCAUCUUCCAAUUCUUCGGCAAGGCGGCCCAGUUCUUUGGCACCAAUGUCAACCCCGUUGGUCUGGGCGCUAUCGGAUGGAAGUAUCUGCUGGUCUACUGCUGCUGGAUCGCUGUUGAAGCCGUGCUCAUCUUCUGGCUCUGGCCUGAGACUUCAGGACGCACUCUGGAGGAGCUCGCUUUCCUGUUCGAGUCCGAGGAGCUGGCUCAUCGAUCUACCGCUGCGGUCGAGAAAUCGCUUCACCACGAGGACAUGCACCGGGAGGAUAUCCCCGAGCGUGCUGCUGCCGACCGGGUCUAA